AUGACAUUGAUAGAUUUCCAUACAAGAUUGAUUCCAUCAACAUCAACAGUGUAUACAGUUGAGGUUGAUGGAAUUAAUCUUUGUACGUGCUGUGGGGCUGGUGUUGAUAUAUUCCUCCUCGAUACUGGCGUGCACGUCCAUCACGAGGAGUUUAAUCAACGUCGUGUUAAGUUCUUUUACGAUGCUAUUACCCCAGAAAUAAACGAGACCAAUGACCGGUACGGUCACGGAACUGCAGCUGCCAGCGUGGUCGUAGGUCUUACUAAAGGCAUUGCUCCAGGAGCAAAGUUACAUAGUAUCCGUGUUGCCAAGCGUCCUGAUGUAGUUACAUAUGAUAAUGACAACCCUGUAGCUGAAACCUCUGAUAUUCUUGAGGCUCUUGACGAGGUGCGUACGUGGAAAAAUGGGAAUCCAAACAGCAAGUGCGUUCUACUGUACGAGAUGUCGGGGAUAUAUAACUCGAAGAUCACGGCCAAAUUAAGCAGCAUAGUAAAUGAUUGCGUCGUGGUGGUCCCGGCUGGGAAUAACAACGAUAUUGCUUCUAGUUAUACGCCUGGAAGUAUGCGAGAAGUUAUCACAGUGGGAGCAACCAACAGAAAAGCGAAGAUCUAUUCCCAAUCAAACUAUGGAUCCAGUGUGGACAUAUACGCCCCUGGGAGAGUAGAUGUAGCAUCGCACCGUGAUGAUACCAGCUAUGUUGGAGUAUCUGGGACAUCCUUUUCAACGGCAGCAGUGGCAGGAGCCGCAGCAAUCGCCCUUGGCAAUAAUGAUGUGAGAUCUUCAUACAUCACGAAUGCGGUGAAAGACUUUAUUCUUACAAACUCGAGCCGAGUGACGGACUUGACAAACGACAAGGUUCCCAUACAGUUUGAUCUGUCACAUUCUCACUUUCUCUUUAAUAACACCGAACUCUGUCGACAAUGUAAAUGCAACGGAUCCUUAUAAGCCCGAGGAUG